AUGUCUGAGGCCGCGCCGCCGGUUCCAGCUGCUGCUGCUCCCCCUGAGAAGCCUGCAGCUGGCAAGAAAGUGAAGAAGCCUGUGAAGGCUGCAGCUGCUGCCAAGAAAAAGCCUGCAGGCCCUUCUGUGUCAGAGCUGAUUGUGCAGAUCGUCUCCUCCUCUAAGGAGCGCAAUGGUGUGUCCCUAGCCGCGCUUAAGAAGUCGCUGGCAGCUGCUGGUUACGAUGUGGAAAAGAACAACAGCCGCAUCAAGCUGGGCCUCAAAAGCCUGGUGAGCAAGGGUACUCUGGUGCAGACGAAAGGCACUGGCGCCUCGGGCUCUUUCAAGCUCAACAAGAGAGGGGCCUCUGGAGAAGCUAAGCCCAGCACCACAAAGGUGGCAGCGAAAACUAAGGUAAUGAGUGCUUCUAAGAAGCCCAGGAAGGCCACAGGGCCUGCUGUUAAGAAAGGUGUCAAGACUGCGAAAAAGGCCAAGAAGCCUGCAGUGCCGAAGAAGCCCUCGAAGAGUCCCAAAAAGCCCAAGGUCGUGAGAGCUAAGAAAGUAGUUAAGAGCCCUGCCAAAGCAAAGGCUGUGAAAUCCAAAGCGACCAAGGCAAAGGGGACCAGUUCAAAGACGGCUGCCAAGCCCAAGAAGGCAGCGCCCAAGAAAAAGUAAAAGUUGCAGUUGGAAGCUCAUUCUAAUAACCCAACGGCUCUUUUAAGAGCCACCAACGUAUUUCAAAAGAAGAGCUUGAGUACACAGGUCUGGUUCAGUAUAGAUGAAACUCGAUCUCAUGCAA